AUGUCCGACCAAGUAUUGCUACCAAGAACCACAUUCCGGCCGCCCUCUCCGCUGGGCCGGAGGAGGCCGGCUCGGACCCUUAAUCCUAUAAUGGAGGAGCCGGAACAGACGAGAGACUCGUUCGUCGAGCGCAGGAGGAGCAGGCGGUCUAUCGACAAGAUUGAACAGUGGCUAUCCCCUAUGAGCGACCAUUUCCCCACGCCGAGAGGCCAGCACUUCCUCGCUGCUCCGAUCUUCCCCGCGACGCCGUCCUACGUGUCGAGCGACGCUGAGCCAGAUCUGGACAACGACGACGCCAGUUCACAAGCCUCCUCGUCGAAUCCAUCUUUCCAGUGGAACAACAACCACAACCGAGACAGCAUAAUGACCGACGUGACUGAGUUUGACGAUCUUUACGAUGUCUCCGACGAUGAAACGACACGAAAACAACGUCUCCAAGCGAAUGGUAUCGGCCGCCAGCGAAGUUCCAGGAGCUUGAGGAGGGCGUCAAGGGCGUCCUUGGACCUGCGGAGGUCCUUGGCACCCUUGGUGAUUCCGGAAGAGUCAACCCUCACAGCUGCGAAGAAGUUGAUGUCGCCGAUUCCACCAACUCCCCCAUCCGCGGUCGUCAUGUCUCCCGCCGUCAAGACCUUCAUGGAGCUGCGUCAGGCACAGGAGAUCCCUGGUGCCUCAGCACCCCCGUCCCUUGACGGCAGCAUAAACUCGGAGGAAAUGGCCCAGAUGUCAGCCCCUCCAACGCCAAUGAUUGGAGCCCAGGACAGCGAGGACGAGGAGUGGUCCGGGGUCCGUUUGCAGCCGGGUGCCCUCGAGACACUCCAGGCACUCUCUGGCAGUGACUCAGAGUUCGACGAGGAACCCACUCAGGUUAUCGAAGUACCCCAGGAGAUGACGGAAGCGCGCCAACGUACGCCACGACUAGUCACCGGCACCGGCCUGGCCAGAGCUUUUUCUCACCGGCAGUCUCUCGCUGAGCUGACCAGGCUUGAGAUCCCGUCGCCAGGCGGAUUCUUUUCUGAACUUUCGUCUGCUAGCCGGCGCACUUGGAACUGCCAGGCGGAGGAGGUCAACCCACCGACCUCGACCACGGCCGAGAACUUCUACAAGUUCCCGUGGAGCCGGUCGACCGACAGGGUCCCGCCACCGCCACCGCGGCCGCUGCACCUUGAUGACUUGCCAUCUGCCAUUGUCGAGCGUGUUAUCGAGCUGCCCCUGAACGAGAACUCCGAAGAUCUCCCGACGGCAAUUCGGUGCGAGGAGACCCCGGUGCCCAUCACCGCCCGCAGAGUACCACCUACUCCGAAGCAAUCCGAGGCUCCAGUUCCCGAGACGGCGGUCGAGGAGCCCACCUCUCCCGUCGAUGUCAAUGAGAUCAUCGCCGGGUACGAUGUUGAGUACGCCGCGAAGCAGGAAGAGAAUACAGUGUCACACAUCGACCGCACGGAGAUGUGGUUGGCAGCCCAGCGCGCCUACCUCCAAGGAGUGGGUUUCUCGGACGAAAACGAAACCUCGGAGAAGCCGGAGGACGAGACUGAGCCAGAAGAGACACCAGAGGUUCCAUCCGUCGUCGCAUUCCCUGAGCCUGAAAAAGCCGAGCACAAGAAGAAGGCCGUUCGCUUCUCCGAGGUUGUCCUCAAGCACGACAUUCCCCGCAGCCUGCCUUCCAAGCUUUUGCGCCAGGAGUCCUCCUACUAUCGCGCCUUCACUGACUACAUGGUAAGGGCAUGUACCUCAGAUGUCUUCAUCCACCGCCAUGCGCGCUUCGAAGCCCUCCAAGCGCAGCGCGUCUGCCUCAGGGACGCCCACCGCAACCAGCUCCUUGGCAAGUUCCAGUUGUCGGUAGUGCCGCAGUCAGCCAAGAAGCGCAUGAGCGCCAAUGUCGUCCGUGGCGACGAUGUUCUCGUUGAUGACCCCGAGAAACUCCGCGCCGACAAAGAAGCCGAUGCCCUGUCCCAGAUGCGCCUGGCUUCCUGGCAGGUGGCUGCCACCAAGCUCCUUAAUGGCGGCCGCCUCAUCUCCGCCCCUGUGGGCAAGCGCCUGGCUCGUCUGAGCUGCAUGGCUCCCGGCCUUGACGGCGUCAGCCGAGACCGCGCUCGCAUCCUCGACCUCGCCGGCCAGGGUGCAUGCGACUGGGCGUGGCACGCCGCCCUGCAGUACCCCAACACCAAGAUCUACACUGUCACCACCAAGACGAUCCGCCAGCUCAGCAACAGCAACAUCCGCGGCCCGCCCAACCACCGCCAGGUCGCUGUUCCCACCCUUGCUAAACUCCCCUUCGCCGACGACCAGUUCGACCUCAUAUCGGCGCGCGAGCUGCACGCCGUGUUGAAGCUCUUCGGCGAGCACGGCAUAGACGAGUGGAACGCCUGCCUCAACGAGUGCAUGCGCGUGCUCAAGCCGGGCGGAUAUCUCGAGUUCAGCUUGCUCGACGCCGACAUCAUGAACGCCGGACCGCUGGGCAACGCAAAAGCCGUCGAGUUCAACUUUGCCCUGCAGACCCUCGGCUACGACCCCAACCCGACCCGCUCGUUCCUCGGCCGCCUCAACACAGCCGGCUUCGACGAGAUCCGCCGCGCAUGGGUGUGCCUCCCCGUCGGCCCAAAGCAUCCUCCCCGCCCGGCGGUGUCUGUCACGACUGCUUCCACGAGAGACUCGACCUCGGGCGCGUCGGUAAAACUCCACAGCCUCGAAGCCAUUGUGUCAGGGUCGAGCGAGAACGUCGCGGCUAUUACUGGUGUCGCCGCCGGCUGGAGCUGGGAGAGGUGGCUUCUCCGCGCCGAGAUGGAGAGGGCGGCGGGCGAGCUCAGGCUAGCGGAUACCGUCAAUCCGGGCGACGCCAUGCGCGAGGCGGGCAAGAUGAUCGCCGAUGUGCAUGCCGUUAUGGACGAGGGUCGCGGCAUGGGCUCGUGCUUCAGGAUGCUGAAAGGGUAUGCCCGCAAGCCGAGGCCGCCGGCGCCUGUCCCGGGGCCGGUGACUGCAAAUGGGAAGGUGCCGACCGUGGAAGUGACAGGUCCGGAGCUGGACCGGAGCGGAUCCAUUCGGAUUUGUUUGGAUACUGAGUCGAUUAUGUGA